AUGGCUAAUUUUAUACCAGAAGAGGAUAGGGAAGCUAAGGCUACAGACUUCGAGCAGCUUAAACAAGGGAAUCAAAGAUACGACAUCAACUUCAGCCGUAAAAUGACAGCUUUCUUCUCUGUUGUGGGAUUCGCCAAGACACCAUCCUCAUAUAGCCAGAGUCAUGUUGAGCAACAUUCACAACAACAAGGUCUUUAUGGUACAUAUAAGCGGCAACAUUCAGGUCAAUACAAGCUUGGGUUUCACGGUUGCUAUCUUUGCGGAGACAUUGGUCAUAUAAAGGCCAACUGCCCAAAGUCGCGACGUAAUUUUAAUGGGGGAUCAACUCGUCCUUUUAGUUCCUCGGCUACUAUAGUUACACCACCUCAGGCUUGUGGCUAUCAUAAUCAGACCGAGCAUGGGGCGGACAGAGGUGCAGAUCGAGUUACUGAGGGCAUGAGACAACCCCGUUUGUUCGCUACACUUGAUCGUCAGAGUGCAGAGGCAUUUGUAGAAGUUAUUAAAUGUAUACUUCUAGUCUGCUCACAUAAUGCUUAUUCCAUAAUUGAUCCAGGUUCAACAUUUUCGUACGUGACUCCAUACUUUGAAAUUCAUCUCGGGCUAGAACCUGAAUAA